AUGUCUGGAAUGGGUAUUGCGAUUCUUUGCAUCGUACGUACAAAGAUUUAUAGGAUAACCAUCAGCUUCGAUUAUUCUACACUGAUGAGCCCUUUCUUCUUAUUCUUAAUGAUGCCCACUACAUUAAAGGAUGGGUACAGGAUGAAUAGUCAAGUAAAUGAAGAUGCUAUAGGUAUCAAUCUUGACCUCUCACUGCCCACUCACAUUUCGCCUACGACUGGUUCAGAGAGCGCCAGUGGCAGUAACGCCAGUACACUUCGCAACGAUGGAAAUGCACUAGAUGGAGGUCUUUUGAGGACUUCAGCAGCGAUUUCAGCACCCACAGGUACCAGUCAACCAACAGAAACUAUUGGUGAAAAACUGAGUAAUGAAGAGCGGGUGAACUCGAAUGUUUCCGCUUCGAACUCGACAACGGCGGGUACAGGGCGUAUGUUAAGCCAAUCCUUGACUAAUGAUUCACCGUCGAACGAAAUAUCGACGGAUCAGUUGAAGAUUUUUCAAAGAAUGGACGAAAUGAGUGCCCGAAUGAUUGAGAUGGAGGAAAGCUUCAACAAGUUAUCUAAUAAGAUCGCGGAACAGAAUACAAUGGUUUUAAACCUAAAACAAGAUAACUAUAAAGUUAUGAACAAAUUGAAUAUAUUACUUAAGUUGGUUGCGCAGCCAAGCGCGCGCCCAAGCACAAACAAUGCCCAAAAUAAGCUUGCUAUCGAAUUGCUAAAUUCGAUAUCAGCCGUUAGUAGUGCUUACUUGCAGAAAAUGCAGAAUAAUGGCUCUGGUAGACAGCAUACUGCUGAUUUAUGUACAGGAGAUUCCAACACCCAUUCUGGUAUCAACCAGCAUCGGACUACGAAUGGAACCAUAGAUGUGAAUACGAAUACUGCACAGCUAAACAACCAAUUUUCUAACGCACUAAAUACUAUCUUACCUGAUCAGCAGCAUAAUCGAAAUAAUGUUUCCCAAAAUAUAAACCAAUCGCUCCCUAACCGACAACUUGGUCCUGUUAUAAACACACAAGCCAAUCAGAACCAGUCGCAGGUUUUAAUUCAUAACACAAAUACACAUCAGCAGGUAAAUCGCUCGCCUAUUAGUUUCCCGAACGCUUCAACUGACAAGCCAUUCAAGUUGAACCCAAAUGGGAUUAAACGGCGCAGAAGAAAUACGCAAAGUAACAACAAUGCGAGCACAAAUGACCAUGCUAGUGCUGCACAAAAGCCCAUAUCAGCCCUAUCUCCAUUAACGAAUUCUCAUAAUUCUACAACUAGCAUGAAUUAUACCAAUUCUUCCAUUCAUUCAGGCGUCACCAGUGCUUCAAAUUCAUUUCAUGACUUAAAUUCAUUGAAUAACUUUGGCACGACAACAGCUUUAAGUUUGCCCAGCUUAGCCCUAGAUAACGCUUCUUUUCCCCCAAAUCAAAAUGUUAUACCCCCUAUUAUAAAUAAUACCCAGCAGCCUCUAUCAUUUUCCCAAUUGAUCAAUCAGGAUAGCACGACAUCUGAAUUGUUACCGAGUGGUAAGUCAGGGGUGAACACGAAUAUUGUAAAUAGAAACAGAGCUUCUACUCUACCGUCGUACCCAAAACCAAUGACAGUGAAAAGUAAUGUCGACGAUGAUGGCUAUCAAGAGGAUGAUGAUGAUGACGGUGAUGACGAAGGUGAUGGAAGGGAUAAUGAAGAAGACAGCACUGCUGAGGAAGAUGAAGUAGAUGAUGAAAUCGAAACAGAUAUGAAGAACGCUUCGAUUAACAAGCGGAGGAGGAGCUUGCAUCAUAAAAAAAGUAACUCUUUAAACGGUAGAAGAAAGCUUCACGGCGAGUCGGCUACUAAGCCCAACAUAAACUCUGAUUUACAUUAUAGGAUAUUGAAGGCUCCCACUGACGUAAAGACUAUAUGGGAAGAGUAUGAUACUGGAAUAAGAGGAAAGCCAUCGAUCAAGCAUCUUGAGGCCAAGUAUGGUAACAAGUGGAGGCUCAAUAAAAAUAAGAAGACCUUUUCAAGGCGAAAAAGAUUGUACAAGUUCAUUCUGAACGGUAUGGAGAGAGGUAAAACGGCACAAGAGAUGAUAGAAACCUUAGAGAACAAAAGGCUAUAUAAAGAUGAUGAGGAUGGCGAAGUAAAGAAAAGAACCAUUGGCUGGUUGCAAGAGAGCCUUGCUGGAAUAUAG